CCUGUGGAGAGCCGAACACGACGAGGGCAGAGGGGGGAAAAAACGACAGGGAUGUCACUCAGAUUUAUGAUCACCUGAGGAUGUGGAGCGGCUCCCGUUCGCUUUUCUAACCAGAGCUUUGUGUUCCUGGUUCGCUGCCACCUGGAUCGGAUCUCGGAGGGGAAGCAGGUCAGGAGGGAAAAGGAGAGCGGAGAGGAGAGAGGAGGCUCAGUCCAGAGGCAGAGUCGAGCAGAGGGAGUUCAGCCGCUGAAGGAAAAACUGAGGAAGCAGGAAAUUAUGGGAGCAGCUGCCACCGCACUCGCUCUGCUGGGUUUGUUCUCUCUGGGAGUUUCUGCCGCCGCCGCUUCACCAACACAGGCGUCUCCCCUACAAAUGAAGAAGGCGAGGGGGGAUGUUCCCGAUAUUCUGCCAGAACCGGAACCAGAACCAACCAACCCAGUGUCGGACUUUGAAAAUUCAUACAACUACGUCUUGUCCAGACUGGCCGGGAUGGACCAGGCCAUCCAUAAGCUGAACGUCGGACACUACACCCUGGAUGUUAAAGUCAGUCAGCUGUUGGACCGUCUGGUCAGGAUGGACGCUAAAGUGGUGGAGCUGGAGGACAACAUCCGAGAGGUUUAUCAGCACAGUAAAGACAACCGAAAGGAGCUGGGAAGGCUAGAAGGUUGCCAAAAGGGACACCGAGUGGGAUACAAAUGUUACCUGGUCUACAACACUUAUGAGGACUACGCUGGAGCUUCCAGAAAGUGUCUGGAACGCGGCGGCCGCAUGGCGAUGCCUCGUGACCGGAAGGAGCAGGAGGCCUUGGCCGACUACGUCAAGUCCUUCUUCCACCCGGGGAACUGGCCCGUCUGGCUCGGCAUCAACGACCUUCGAUCCGAGGGGACGUACUUGUUCGACGAUGGGACGCGGGUCUCGUACUUCCAGUGGCGCAAACACUUCCUGUCCAGCCAGCCGGACGGCGGGCGGCGGGAGAACUGUGUGGCAAUGUCGUCAGACGAUGGAGACUGGUGGGACCACUACUGUGACCGGACCAUGAACUAUAUGUGCGAGUUUGACGACAGAGUGGCACUUUAGAACGGGGACACUUUGAAGAUGUAUUCCACCACCCUAUGAUCUGAAAGGGAUAAUUAGGAGUUUUUGGGAUGUGGUUGUAGGACACUGUUUUCCAUGACGCUCAGUAAACCUCCAGAAGAACCUUUAUUUAUCAGUAUGUGUUGGACAUGCAACACACACCGAAACUGACCCAUCGUUAGCUGAACAUGCAGAAACACCACAUACACACAUUAAACACAUGUCAAAAACAGUGUCAGUUUAUAUUUACUGUAUAUUUUGAAUAUUUUUAUGACUCUAAUGGCCAACUGACUGUCCUCCAAGCCAAUAUUAAGGAUCCUCCAAAACAUAGAAACCCAUUUUCCACCAACAUUUACAGAACCUUUUUUGUAGUCCUGUUGAAUUUCUUCCUCUGUAAAUACAGGGUGUACCAAAAAAACUAUUCAUUUUGAAAAAUUACCUCCAGUUCCACAUUUGAUUACACUGGGUUACAAAAAAAUGUUUUUUGUAAGUUGUCUAGGUUUUUUCAACUGAAUUCGGAC